GUAGCUGUAGCGCCUUUGUGUGGAGGAGUGCGGCGCUGCUGUUUAAACACACACAGGGAGCCAGGCAGACAGCUAAAGAUGGUGAAUGUAAAGAAACGGAAAGGUCGGGUCGUGAUUGACUCCGACUCCGAGGAUAGUGCAAGCGAUGAUAAUUUGGAUCAGGAGCUGCUGUCUCUUGCAAAGAGAAAGCGUGUGGAUUCUGAUGAACAGGAAGAGCCUGUUAGUAAACCUGCCGCCUCCACUGACUCAGAGACAUCAGACAGUGAUGAUGAGUGGACUGUUGGAGGUACUAAAACCAAAAAGAAGGGAAAGCCGAGCAAGGGGCUGGAAAAAAAGAACACAGUGAAGAAAAAAAAGGGCAAGGCGGCUUCAUCCGGCAGCUCAAAUGGAGACAGUUCAGCAGAGAGUUCAGCUCCAGAGGAGGGUGAGGUGUCAGACUCCGAAAGUAACAGCUCGUCCUCCAGCUCGGAUUCUGACUCCUCAUCAGAGGAUGAGGUUUUCAGGGAUGGAUACGGAGAUGAUCUGAUGGGGGACGAAGAGGACCGAGCCCGUUUGGAGCAGAUGACGGAGAAAGAGAGAGAACAGGAGCUGUUCAAUCGUAUAGAGAAGAGAGAAGUUCUCAAGAGGAGGUUUGAAAUAAAGCAAAAAUUGAAGACUGCGAAGAAGAAAGAAAAGGAAGAGAAAAAAAAGAAGCAGGAGGAGGAGCAGGAGAAGAGGAAACUGUCUCAGGUCCCAGACACUCAGGUGGUGAUGUCACAUAACAAAGAGAGACGGAUCAAGAGAGACGAGAAGCUGGACAAGAAGUCACAGGCCAUGGAAGAGCUGAAAGCAGAAAGAGAGAAGAGGAAAAACAGAACUGCUGAGCUCCUAGCCAAAAGGCAGCCACUGAAAACCAGCGAGGUCUACUCGGAUGAUGAAGAGGAGGAGGAAGAUGAUGACGACAAAUCUUCAGUAAAGAGUGACCGCAGCUCAGGAUCUUCAUCUUUUGAUGAUGAGGAGGAAAAAGAGGAGGCUCCACCCAAGUCCCAGCCGGUGACAUUACCAGAUGAGCUGAAUCGGAUCCGGCUGUCCCGGCACAAACUGGAGCGCUGGUGUCACAUGCCGUUCUUUGCUAAAACUGUAACUGGAUGUUUUGUUCGGAUUGGCAUUGGAAACAGCAGCAGCAAACCUGUAUAUCGGGUGGCUGAAAUCAUUGAUGUGGUGGAGACGGCAAAAAUUUAUCAGCUGGGGACCACACGGACAAAUAAAGGCCUUCAGCUCCGGCAUGGAAAUGACACACGAGUGUUCAGACUUGAGUUUGUGUCUAAUCAAGAGUUUACUGAAAGCGAGUUUAUGAAAUGGAAAGAGGCGAUGUUUUCAGCAGGAAUGCAGCUACCUAAUCUGGAUGAGAUCACCAAAAAAGAGCAGUCCAUCAAGGAGGCGGUCAACUAUAAAUUCAACGACAAAGACAUUGAGGAUAUUGUCAAAGAGAAAGACAGAUUCCGAAAGGCACCACCAAAUUAUGCCAUGAAAAAAACGCAACUUCUCAAAGAGAAGGCCAUGGCUGAGGAAAGUGGUGAUGGCGAGAAGGUGAAACUACUGCAGGAUCAGUUGAAUGAGCUGGAGGAGAGAGCAGAAGCACUUGACCGACAGAGAACCAAAAAUAUCUCUGCCAUCAGCUAUAUCAACCAGAGGAAUCGGAGUUGGAACAUUGUGGAAUCUGAGAAGGCUCUGGUGAAAUUGUACAAACACCUUCAGGAAUAGAAUAAAGAGAACUUCCACAAAAUGUCACAUUAAACAAGUAAGUUCAGUUUACCAUUUAUAUCUUUUUGUUUAAUAAUGUUAAUAAUAUGAUAUGUGACAUAAUAAUAUAAAAACACAAUUGUUCAUUGUUAGUUAAUGUUUGUUCAUACUGCAUUAACUAAAGUUAAUUAAUAUAACUUUUGAUUUAAAAAAUGUAUUAGUAUAUGUUGAAAAAAAAAAAAAAAUUAGCCAAGAUAAAUAAAUGCUGUAAAAGUAUUUUGUAUUGUUAGUUCAUGUUAACUAAUGUUAACAAAUACAACCUUAUUGUGAAGUGUUACCAUUUUAUAUUAUUUAUUCAUCUUGGUCAAUGGUAAUUUAUAAAUCUACAGCUGCUCAUUAUAGUUCAUUUUAAUUUAUAAUGCAUUAACUAAUGUUUACAUAAACCAUUUAUUAACAUUAUUUUUAAUGUUAAAAAUCUUUAACAUUAAAAAUUUAAAACUAACUAAAACAAAACCAAAAAGCCAGACUACAGUUUGCAAUUGCACAUGGGGACGAAGAUCUUACUUUUUGGAGAAAUGUCCUCUGGUCUGAUAAAACAAAAAUUGAACUGUUUGGCCAUAAUGACCAUCGUUAUAUUUGGAGGAAAAAGGAUGAGGCUUGCAAGCUGAAGAACACCAUCCCAACCAUGAAGCAUGGGGGUGGCAGCAUCAUGUUGUGGGGGUGCUUUGCUGCAGGAGGGACUGGUGCACUUCACAAAAUAGAUGGCAUCAUGAGGAAGGAAAAUGAUGUAAGCAACAUCUCAAGACAUCAGCCAGGAGGUUAAAGCUCGGUCGCAAAUGGGUCUUCCAAAUGGACAAUGACCCCAAGCAUACCGCCAAACUUGUGGCAAAAUGGCUUAAGGACAACAAAGUCAAGGUAUUAGAGUGGCCAUCACAAAGCCCUGACCGCAAUCCAAUAGAACAUUUGUGGGCAGAACUGAAAAAGCGUGUGCGAGCAAGGAGGCCUACAAACCUGACUCAGUUACACCAGUUCUGUCUGGAGGAAUGGGCCAAAAUUCCAGGAACUUAUUAUUAGAAGCUUGUGGAAGGCUACCCAAAACAUUUGACCCAAGUCAAACAAUUUAAAGGCAAUGCUACCAAAUACAUCCAAAGUUUAUGUAAACUUCUGACCCUCUGGGAAUGUGAUGAAAGAAAUAAAAGCUGAAAUAAAUCAUUCUCUCUACUAUUAUCCUGACAUUUCACAUUCUUAAAAUAGUGAUCCUAACUGACCUAAGACAGGGAAUGUUUUCUUUGAUUAAAUGUCAGGAAUUGUGAAAAACUGAGAUUAAAUGUAUUUGGCUAAGGUGUAUGUAAACUUCUGACUUCAGCUGUAUGUAGCAAAUUGCAGUUUAGUUGUUAAAUUUUGCCCCCAUUGUUGAAUGUUUUUUUAAAUAAGAUGCUUAUUCCAUAAUGCCCGGUUUUUAUUUAUGUAAAAGCAGCUGUAAUGAACAAACAUUUAGCAUUCAUUUGACUUGACUGUCAUUAUUAGCCUAUAUCACGUUUUCAGCACAGAAUAAACAGAAAUGAGAUGACCAGAUUUUUUCCAAUUUGUCCGGCAAACUUGAUCAUUUCCAGACACAUAGCUGGCACCAAAAUGUCUUAGCAGAAAUUCUGGAGCACGUGUGUGUGUUUUUUUUUUUUUAAUGUAACUGAUGAUGUCUUCAUGCUUAAAUCGUCCAAAAUGCAUACACAUGAUAUUGUGCUUCCUGAAUAACUGCGGACCCAUGUACAGAUUGCUUUCUCAUUCAUGCAAACCAUGCCACAGUUCCAUUGCGACCAAAACAGCUUUCAUAUGACCAGAUUUUCAUGCGAACCCUGCUCCAUUUUGGACUAAACUGCCAGUGUGAAAGCCCCCUUAAAAGACAUUCUGGAAUCUGAAACAUCUUUAUGUUUGUCAAUCAGGCAGAGGGACAGAACUCCAAGAACCAACA